CUCUCCCAAGGUCCUCAAUGGCUUUGGCUGUAGUACUCUAAACCAACCACGCUGUUCAGCAAGAAUCGCCCUUCCCACAACUCCAGCCACAAUACUCUCAACAUGUAGCAUCCCAGCACAACAAAUCCACAUAACAGUCUUACCUGGAGGGUGGAGAUGGAGGCUUGAGGAACACAGCACUGAAGGCCUUACUCAGGCUUUAACAGAGUUAAAUAAACCAUCGCCAACCACACAGGACAGAAAGAGCGUACUGUGAGUGCACUUCUCCAUAACAAUGAAGAAGAUGGUCUGGUCAGCCAUGCUGCGCUUCAUGCUCUAUUGGCUCAUGAUGCACGCAGGGGACAUGUUUUUAGGAUCUUAUGCCUGUUUGGCCAGUGGGACAACUCGCUCCUUCUUGUGUCUUGGCAGUAAAGUGCAUCAGAUGCCAUGCCAAAUACCAAAAAAUACCACAUACGUGGAGAUCAAGCUGACUCAGAUCAUCAUGUUUCCAAGUAGAGCCAUGUCAUCACUUCAUGACCUUAAGCGAAUAAUGGUGUCGGAGAACGGCGUCCUCCAGCGUAUCGAAGCCUACGCGUUUGAAAACCUGACUAAACUGGAAGAAAUUACUAUUACCAAAUCCAAAAACCUUGUCAGUAUGGACAGAAACACAUUCUGGGGACUUCCAAAACUGAGAUAUCUGACUAUUUCAAACACAGGCCUCACAGUCUUACCUGACUUCUCUAAUGUCCAGUCUACUGCUUUUGAAUUCCUCUUUGACCUAGAAGAUAACGUGCAUAUUGAAGUGAUCCCCAGCAAUGCUUUUGUAGGACUUACCAGUGGUACAAUAACGGAACUGAGACUGACAAAGAAUGGAAUCACUGAAGUGGACAGAAAUGCCUUUAAUGGCACCAAAAUAGAGAAACUGUUUCUCAUGGGAAACCAACAGCUGAAGCGUAUCCACAACUACGCCUUUCUUGGUGCUGAAGGCCCUCUCGUUCUGGACAUCUCCCGCACUGCAAUCAGUUCCUUACCAGAGAACAUGCUGAGGAGACUCAGGCUGCUGAUUGCCACGUCAGUCUACUCUCUGAGAUGGCUACCCAAUCUAGAAAUAUUCGCCGAGCUCACUCAGGCCAACCUCACGUAUCCCAGCCACUGCUGUGCCUUCAAAAACUUCAAAAAGAACAAGUCAGCGAAGAACCAUUUGUGUAACGAUUCCACUGUUCGCAACCAGGAGCCAUACUUCUUCGAGGAGCACUGUAAGGAUGUGAUAGAGGUGAGCUGCUCCCCCGAGCCAGAUGCCUUCAAUCCGUGCGAGGACAUCAUGGGCUUCACCUUCCUGCGUGUCCUCAUCUGGCUUAUCAGUGUGUUGGCUGUCUUGGGAAACUUUACAGUUCUGUUAGUGCUCCUCAGUAGCCGCACAAAGCUGACAGUACCCAGGUUUCUGAUGUGCCAUUUGGCGUUUGCUGAUUUCUGCAUGGGCCUCUACUUACUGAUAAUUGCUUCAGUGGAUGUACAAACCCAAUCUCACUACUACAACUAUGGCAUCAGGUGGCAAACGGGUGCAGGGUGUGGCACAGCAGGCUUCCUGACGGUUUUUGCGAGCGAGCUUUCUGUAUACACGCUAACAGCCAUCACCCUCGAGCGCUGGCAUACCAUUACCUACGCCAUGCGCCUGGAGCGCCAAAUCCGGUUACACCAUGCAUGUGGAGUCAUGGCUUUUGGUUGGCUCUUUUCGGUGCUUGCUGCUCUAAUGCCAGUGAUAGGAGUGAGCAGCUACAUGAAGACCAGCAUCUGUCUACCCAUGGAUGUAGAGACCGUAUCAUCACAGGUCUAUGUGAUGCUGCUGCUCAUUCUUAAUGUACUCGCUUUUGUGGCAGUUUGUGCUUGCUAUGUGCGGAUCUAUGUUGCAGUGCGGCACCCUGCCUCGGUGCCUGACAGUGCGGACGCCCGAGUGGCCAAGCGCAUGGCCGUGCUAGUCUUCACAGACUUUCUGUGCAUGGCACCCAUCUCGUUCUUCGCCAUCUCGGCCGCUCUCAGGCAACCGCUUAUCACCGUGUCAAAUGCCAAGGUACUGCUUGUGCUCUUCUACCCUAUCAAUUCAUGUGCCAAUCCCUUCCUCUAUGCCUUCUUCACCAAGAGCUUCAAGAUGGACUUCUUUGUUCUCACCAGCCGCUUUGGCUGCUUCGAGUCACGUGCCCGUGUCUAUCGUACAGAAACAUCUUCUCUGCAUAAUGGCCCAAGGAUGUGCUCACCCAAGAAUAGUGAUGGGACGCUAUACUCAUUGGGGCAUGUUGCUCCUCCCCACUGACCCCAAAAACUUUCCAAAUUCAUACACUAUAAGCUCUUGUCCUCUAUAUAUGAUAUGUUCCGUGCUGCUUGGACUUCAAAAAAAACACAAAAAGGAAAUGAAAUACCGCUGGACAAAAUUUGCUAUCAUCAAAUAUGUGUGCAAAACAGCCUCAACUCACUGAUAUUUCUUGCUUUUUCUUGGCUCUUAUCUCAACUCUUCUUUCAUUUAGCACAUGCAGUAUGUUCAGUGUCACAGUAACCUUGCAGCCAGAGCCGAGUCCAGAUGUUACUCCAGUAGGGACCUGACUUGGUAGGUGUCAAAAGCGUUCAAUUUUUGAUUUACAUCCGCGUCCUUGACUAAACCAGCAUGAAACAUGAAGUGAAGUCUUACUGACCAGGCUAGGGGUCAUUCAGUGAGACUCUAAGGCAGCUUAUCUAUGCACCUGCAUUUGUGUUGGGCAACAAGACACAGGACAGUUGAAUAAUUUCCUCCUUGAAAUUGUCAGUUUGAGAGAAUAGGUGGGAGAUGGGAGAUGUGUGGCAGCUGCAGCUGGACUGUUGAAUGAAGACACACAGGAAGAGGAAUUUGGUAUGAUGAUAUGCCUCACGUAUCAAGGCCUGGAGUUCAAGGCUACGGGUCAAGGGCUUAGUGAACAGAAGAACCACACACAGAGAAUUUCCAAAAA